CUCAACAAGUCAUUGUACAGCAAUGUACAAGUCAUUCACAUAGUGAGCCAAUUUAAACUCACAAAUAUGUAACUUGACUUUAGUUAGAUCCACUGAAAAAAAAAUGGAAUAUGUGGUCAGGCAGAAAAAAUAUGUAUAGUUUACAUAAAAAUAUUAAGUUUCUCAUCAAAAUGUGAUUUCAUUGCUUAUACUAAAUUUAAGCAAGUUUCUAAUUACUAGCUUGACAAACAGGAAUUGCUAACAAAAGAUCACUGUCAUUCACAUGCAUUUCAGACAUAUCAAUCAUAUCCUCAGAAUAAGGUGGAGCUUCAGAUGUGGUUUGUGUGGUUUGUUCAAUCAACUGCCUUUUCUAAAAAGGACACAAGGACACCCACACACACACACUCCCACACACACAUACAAAACCCAUAACAUCCUUGGUACAAUAAUAAUAAUUAUACUACUAUAUAAUAAUAAUGAUAAUAAUAAUAAUGAUAAUUAUACUACUAGUAUGAAGUCUUUUUUGUUUUUAAAAAUAUGAGGGUGAAUCUUGAGGGCAUAUCUAGUGUAACAAAAGGUUGAACAUCAACACAUUUCUCAUGAUAUGUCCGAGUUAAAAAUGCAUGUGAGUGACACUGAUCUUUUGUUAGCAAUUCCUGUUUGUCAAGCUUGUUCAUACGUGUCCCAGAAAGUGUGAGAUUCCCUAAAAGACGAAGCUGGAAAAAGAAAAAGAAAAAAAACAUCCUACAUCGUAUUGUUUUUAAGAGUCAGUUAAACAAAGUUGUUCAAAAAUCUAUGAUCCCUAAGAUCAGCCUCAACUUAACCUUCAGUAUGAUCAUGAAACAGUGGCAGAAACAAGAGAAUGCGGAAACAAGUAGAAUUCAUACUGGUCUGGCAAGUAUUCAAGCGUAAUAGGAUUACGCUUUAAAGAUAAGGCAUCUGUAUGGUUCGAGGGAGAUGUGAAAAGAAAAAAAAACAAGAAAAAAAGCUCAUAGGUUUCUGGCAAACCUGCUCAUCUGUAGUUAGAUAAACUUGGGCUCUCUGGAGGCAAGAGACACCAAAGUGCUACCAGCUGAAGUCCAAAAUCUGCCCGAGCAUCAUGGCUAAUAAAGGGAAAAUAUCAGAAUAUUUUCUGGGAUUUGUUGCCAUCCUGCUCAUUCAUAUGCAAGUGGUGAACUCCCAAGGAUUUCCUGAAAUUUCAGACAUGACUAUAGAGUUUAGCUACACAGAUGGACAAAUGAAUCACUUAAGGGAAAAACGAGAUGUGAACACGGACAUACUAGAAUACAUUGUAAUCAUAGAGGUGAAUAUGUCACAAGCGAUUUUGUUUGACGAAUUCAAAUCAUCAUUGGAGUCCAUCAGUCCUUUACAAAUAGACAACACCACAGAAAUCGAUAGUGUGAACAUUACAACAGUGUGUCAUCUAAAUGAAUCUGAAUACCAGUGCACUUGUGAGGAUCAGUAUUUCUGGUCAUUCAGUAACUGUAUUAUCUAUAAUGCCUGUAAUAACCUAUAUGAAGGAACAUGUACCUGUAUCAGUGCCAUUCCCAGUGAUGGACAGAUGUGUGUGCCAAAAAGUGAACUAGCAUUCAUUGAUUUUCUGGUUGAAUUUGAGCUGAAUACUACAAGCACAACAGUGAUCGAUGAAGUGAGAAACUACCUUGAAGUACUCAGUUUCCCAAUUACAUAUGGUCAUGUAGCAGAACUUACAGAUUUGAACAUUACAACAGGUAAAUAUAAAUAUAUGUCCUAUUAACUAUAUAGUGCAAUAUUUUUGGGGGUAGCUAAUCUUGUAGUCAUGUCUGAAGACAGUGGAGAAUAUCCAGUGCACUCUUUCAAACCCAAAAUGGACGAUGAUAGGUAGUAUUCAAAUGAUGUAGGAAUUUUUGUGAAUUACACAGAGUGAAAUGGCUUUGGGGAUAAUGCUUAACGUCUGCUUCGCUGACACAUCCGUAACAUGUCAUCAGUGUUUCCUAAUGAAAAUGGUUUUAAAAAUCACAAAAUCUUUGAAACAGAAUAAUAAAAAAAAACAAUCUGCUUUCAUUCCACAGUGUGCAGUUUGAAUGGUACUGAAUAUCAGUGCAGGUGUGAGGAUCAGUAUUUCUGGCCGUGUGAAAAGUGCACAGUAUAUGGGGCUUGUGAUGACAUCACCAAUGCCUCAUGUAGCUGCAUCAACGCUAUUCCAAAUGAUGGACGCUUCUGCCAACCAAUCAAUGAGCUGUCUAAUAACUCUACAUGUCCAGAUCAUCCACUCCCAGCUGAAUAUCUGAUUGAGAUUGAGAUUAGUGCAGUAGAUACAACAGUCCUGAAUCAUCUGAGGAACCUUUUGGAGACACUCAGUUUACCCUUAAUAAACAGUAACAUCAAUAUCACUGAAAUCAACAUCACCACAG